GGGGUGUCAUGCCCAAACGCAAGCUGCAAAUACACACACAGGAGGUCUCUGCCCUGGGAGGUUCCUCCAGGUUUAGAUGCCGCCUUUCAACCAGGCUGCAGUUCUUUCCCCCUCCUCCUUUUGAAAACGGGGGACGUGGCAAUGUUCUGUUGAUUUCCCUUUGGCUUUGUAGCUGCUUAAAAAGUUGCCUGGGAAGAGAAGCGUGUGUGUCUGCGUUAGGGGGCAAUUCCAAGAGGAGGGUCUCUAGUAAUGAAGCGUCGUAUUUGCCCAGCUAGGUGAGAGCUGGGCAGGUUUGUUAUGACAUAACUCUUUGGGGGGGGUUGUGGCAGAGAAAGGUGGAGAGAGAAAGAGAGAGAGAGAGAGAGAAAACUGGUGUCUGCAGCACCCCGGCAGUGAUAUCAGACACAGGAUCUGGCAGCUUUGGGGUAAGCUACCACCUCUCCGCUCCACCGCUCAGAGCAUCCUGGAUCUCCAGCUCAAAGGGGAGAGCGAGCCAGCAGCGGCAAUCAUGGCAACGUCAAAUGGUUUUAUUUCUUCAUGACCUCUCUCUUCUCCUCUCUCUCAUCAAUAAUCCACCUGAGGGCUUUUUUUCCCCACCCUCACCCCCCUCCUAACUCUCUUUUUUGAUGUGGAGAGAGGGGAGAAAAGGGGGCACUGGAAAGUGUUUAUUUUGUUCGGCAGCUUUUUGCGGCGUGUUUUAAAGAGCUCGUGAAAGGACCCGUGUAAAGAAAGCAAGAAAGAAGGGAAAAAAAAAAAAAAGCCACGAAGUGGUGGCGGGGGGGAGGAGGAGAAGAGAAGAAGGAGAGAAAACAAGAGACAGAGGGAAGAAGCCGGAGGAAAGAAGACUUUCAGCGCGGCGUUGCCGGGAGGUGCGGGUGUGUGUGCGCGGGUGUGUGUGUGCGGGGGUGUGUGUGUGUGUGUGCGGGUGUGCGUGCGGGUGUGUGUGUGUGUGCGGGGGGAGCGGCUGCCGGCGCUGCCUCCCGCUGGUGCGCGGCGCGGUGGCCGGAGCGGGGCGCGGAGCGGCCGCGGGUGCGGACCAUGGGCUGGCGGCUGCUGCCCGCCGUCCUGCUGGCCCUGGCGCUGGGCGGCCCCGCGGCGCGGGCGCAGAACGACACGGAGCCCAUCGUCCUGGAGGGCAAGUGCCUGGUGGUCUGCGACUCCAACCCGGCCACCGACGCCAAGGGCUCGUCCUCCUCCCCGCUGGGCAUCUCCGUGCGGGCGGCCAACUCCAAGGUCGCCUUCUCGGCCGUCAGGAGCACCAACCACGAACCCUCCGAGAUGAGCAACAAGACGCGCAUCAUCUACUUCGACCAGAUCCUAGUAAAUGUGGGCAAUUUUUUCACGUUGGAGUCCGUCUUUGUAGCACCAAGAAAAGGAAUUUACAGUUUCAGUUUUCACGUAAUUAAAGUCUACCAGAGUCAAACAAUUCAGGUUAAUUUGAUGCUAAAUGGAAAGCCAGUCAUUUCUGCUUUUGCCGGGGACAAGGACGUCACACGUGAAGCUGCCACUAAUGGAGUCCUGCUCUAUCUAGACAAGGAGGAUAAGGUUUAUCUGAAAUUGGAGAAAGGUGUGGACUCAUCAUUGCCUCUGUUACAUGAAGAUCAUUUUAUCAUCACGGGAUUGAUGUUUCUUUAUUGGUUUUUCAUGGGUGAAUAUGGAUUCUCUUUAUGGAUUUUGGCCCCAUCCGAACUACUCAGAAGUUUCACAGAAUUUUGUGUGUUUAAAUACGAUAUAUUUGGAUUGAGACUAAAGCAGACAAUAAAUAUCUAUGCUUAAUGUUACAGUCUAAAGCUGCCUGCAAGAUUUAUUCAGAUUUCAUUUACUGGACUUAUUGGAUUCAUGGGAGAAGUGGAUUUUCUUUGAUUAUGAAAAGACUGGCAACCAGGUCUAUAAUUUAGGAGAGUUUGAGUUCAGACUUCAAUCAAGAGUUAGUGUGUUGCUGCCAAAGAACUGUAUAUUGAUAUAUCGGUCAUACAUGUUUUUGUCACUGGGACUUAACUGACAUGAUCUAUUCCAUUGUCUUGAGAAAGGUAAUUAUUAUUGAUAAGUGGUUGACUUUAAUUCUCCUCUGCGUGUAGUGUGUUGGACAGUUCACCCAUAUAUUUAUGCUCUGUCACCGGUCACAAUCAAGUCCAGCUUCCAUAAAGCUAAGAGGUUACGGUUGUAUUUCAGUUGGAUAUUCUUUUCCACGUGCUGUUUUCUAAAAAGAAGAGCAGUUUAUAACCAUUAAGAAAAAUAUUCUUACCAGGGUUAAAGGUGAUCAUUCAGGCACAACUUUGCAGAACAGCUUUGCCCUGCAGGAAAUCUCACACUUGUUCUUCAAUUUUAAUUAACAUGAUUGAUAAUAACUGCUUUAUUAAAAACCUAAGGGAUUCCUUCCUUAGACGCAACCACUUUAUUAGCUGGAGAUGAGAUCCCCUUGUUUGUAAUUAUGUCUAUUUUUCAAACCUUCUGUUGUGUUAAAGGUAUCAUCUGGUUUUGCCUUAACUCCACAACUGUAUAAGAUUUUAGAUCAUAUGUUUAACAGAUAUUAAAUCCAAAUAGCCGGUACCUAACUUGGUGCAAUAUCUUUUUGGCUUUUUGUACAGGUCAUAUGAAUUCAUAAAAUUAUUUAUUAUAUCACUGUUACAUAAUAAAGAUUAAUAUAUGUUAGCUGAAUUUUUGACCUUUGGAUUUUGGAAGUCACUUCAUGCUAUUUUUUUAUUGGAUAGAAUUAUUAUAUGCAAAGUGAAAGCUUUUGGGAUUCACCAAAAAUGUCCUGGGAAGCAGGCAAACUCUUAUAGUUUAGUCUGGCAGAAUCCUAGAGGUAAUCAGAAUGAUCUAAAAAUAACCUAUGCAUUUUAUUUAAAAAACAUUUAGGCAGAAAUCCUGGCUUCGCUGAAGUUAGUGUUAAGAAUCACAUUGAUUCCAAAGAAUUUUGGACGAGACAUGUGCUUUAGGUUUUGCCAUCAGCAUUAAAAUCCAGUGCCAUCAAAUUGAAUAUCAAUUAAAAAUGAUUUUCACAGGCACUGCUAAUGAGACCUCCAUCCCUCAUGCCCAAACUAUACACUGAAUUCGAUGGAUAUUUGUGCCUUGCAUAUCAUAAAGUAUAUGGUUCUAAAUUAAAAAACCAGUACAUACUUGAGAAUGUUCUGGAUGGAGGCAUAUCCAGCAAUCUGAGACCUUCUCUAAAAGCCAUUUUAGGCUUGGAUUUGCUGUUUUAGGUAAUCUGUUUCCAAUUUCUUCACUUGUUAGCCAAGUGCAGUGUAGGAUAUUGCUCGAAGCGCUCUAAAUGGGUAUUUCACUGAUAUAAAAUCUAAUGUAUGGCUGGUUGAUGCUCCUGAUAAAAAUGUCAGGGGAUCAGCGGCACAGAACUGUGCCCAAAUUCCUUAUUUUUCUGGACCCAACAUGCAGGAUUUUUGGGGGAAUUCCAGGAGGAUAGGUGGGUACAUCUGCACCCCUAUGGGAUACGUCAGAUGAGGAGGUGAUCUGUUAGACACGGUAUCGUUUCUGUACAGACCACUGCAGGCUGGGAGGAAGUGCAAAGACAUGGCAAGAAGGCGAAUGAUUUCCAUUGCUGAAAAACAGAAAGUUCUCCAUUGUGACUAAUCAAAAUGUAACACCACUGUACCCCAAAAGUAUGUGUAUAUACUUGUAUAUCUAAAAACCCCUGGGAUUGCAGCACGUGCUAUGCAUGAUGUUAUACAAAGGUUAUUUGUGACAAGAGUUUAUUUCAGAGGAGAACAUCGGUAUUUUGUGUAAAACCAGUAAAAGCUGAAAGCUCACCUUACCCAUUGGUAUAUACGUUCCUACACAGACAGAAGAAAGACGGUAUUAAAGGUGUCAGUAUACUUUUCAGAAUGAUCAAAUGUAGCUAACUUCUUUAGUUUGUAAACAUAUGAUCUUAAAAGCUGCCUUUAGCAUUCAGCAAUAAUACUGAACUAUCUUAAUAUACUGUUGAUUUCCCCUUGGCAAAACAUUUCUGAUUGCUUCAGAGUCAUUAACGGUUAUUUAAACUUUAACUAGAGUGGAGGAAGUUAUUCAAUUAAGGAGAUACAUUCUGAUGGAAAUGUCCUAAAUUUUUCUCCUCAGCCUCUAAAAUCAGAAUUACUAACUAAUUAUUUUGCUAGUUAAAGGAAAAAAGAAAGGUUUCAGAGACAUCCCUGUAAAACAGCUUGUGUUGUCUUCACACCGCUGAGCACCGACUCCACUCAGAGGUGGCCUCUGGAGAUGGGAACGGCACUCCCCGUCUCUUAGCUCACGUUUGAACAUUUUAAUAAGAAUGAACUGUGGGGUUUUUUAGAUGACAAUUUGAGCUCCUUUCCAGAUCUUGAGCUCAUUUUCAUUGCGUCGUCCCACCCUUCAGUUAUGUCAGUAGGAGUUUCUCCCCGAAGAGGUAACGCUAGCCGAGGUGGAGCUGGGUCUGGCAACUCCCGCUUUUCUUCUCUCUCUUUCCCCAUUCCUUUUCCUUCCGUCUUUCUGUGUUAAUGCUACAGUAGUUUUCUUGUUCAGAAGCAACAGCUCAGGAGACCCUUCAAAUUUCAAAGGGUAUUUAAGAUUAGAGGCUUGAUUUUUUUAAAAAAAGAACUUUAAACUCCAUCGAGCUGCACUGUAAAGGUUAGAGCUGCAUUUCUGAUCCUGUUGAAUUUGAUGACACGAGGCUUAUUGAUUCUGGUGAGGGCAGAAUUUCCCACUCCGUGUGCGUCCCUGCUACAGAGCAUGCCGAGGAUCUACACCCACACCCUUCAACAUAUACCCACUUUGCAGCCAACUGUGUAGCUUAUAUGGAAGGCUGAGGGUGCAAGAAAAUUUGCUGGCCAUGCAUGGAGAUUAAUUUAUAUAUUAUCAGUGAUCUCUUUACAAAGGAGAUUAGUAUUUUUACUGUUUAAUCUAUAUUUCAUUUAUAUUUCUAUUUUAUUCAUAUUUUAUUACAAAACUAUGGGGAAAAAAAAUGAACCAUAUUGUUCUCCUCAGGUGCUGUAAAUAUUUUUUGGUAGAGCCAGGAAUCCCCUGGUCUCCUGGAUUCAUCCUGUGUAGAAACUGCUCAGUUCUGUUGAAUCCUGUUUGCCAUGAAGGGCUUAGGCUAUAUACGCCAAAUGACUGUGGAGCCAAAAAAGAUGCCGUUUAAAAGACCCUGGGUAACCAAAGUGGUUUUGGAGCAGGCGCUGAGGUAGCUUUGAACAUUUCACAAGCAGUUUUGUAUUUACAUAAAAAGGAAAAACUAACUUUGAGGCAUAGAGAAGGAAAACCUGAUAUUUCUUUUUUUUAAAAGCAACGUUAUGUAUUUGUUUUGCGUUAUGUCAUUUUCAAGUAGCAUGGGAACAUUUUCUGAGUGUUAAUUAAAUUACUUUGGCCAGGUCAUGGCAGAGUAAAUAUUGCAGCCUCAGGGUUACGACUGGGGAAAGGGAGCCGGGGCCUGGGAAAUGAGCGGCGCCGUACGCAGAGUGCCACCUCAGCCACUGCUGGAGCUUGGUCCCGCUCACUUUGCCAAGUUGCUCCUUUUUCUGAUACAAGGCAUUUUUUUAAAAAACAAAGGAUGUUUUUGGAGUGAAUGGCAUAUUGCUGUAUUUCCUCUUCCAUAUUAUUUCUAGAAAGAUGAAUGCAGUGAAACAGGACGUUUUUAAAUGCCCCAAGAAACUCACAAUUAGCUGUCAUCAACUCUGUCUUUUUUUUUCUUUUUGCAAGCUCCCAAAGGAACACAUCUGCAGUAUGUAUAGUGUUUUUACAAGCAGGUUUUAGGAUAGAGAAGAUAAAUGCAAGAAGCAGUAUGUCAUAAUCACAACAAGGAAGCCGAACCAUUAACGUGAAAUAUGGGCUGAAGCAGAGAAGCAGAUAUAUGUUCUCCUCCUUUUAUAAGGGUUUCUGAGUUGGUAACAUCUUUUACUUUAGCAAUUCAUUACAGUUGCCCUUCAUAUUGCAAGAGCUCUUUAUAAUAUUCAAAUUCUUUGUCUUCUAAAGACAAUGUUAAGCAGAUGACUCAAUGUAAAUAAAUGAAGAUCCCCAGUGACAGAAUUUAUUGGCUGGCACACGCCACAACAACAUAUUUUUUGUACUACUGCUGUCCAGAUGGAAAAGGCUCCUUUGAGAAAAGACAUUGUCUUAGACACUGAGCUGAAGUUAUUUAUCUGUUGCUGGUUAAGGGCGGGGGAACCCUUUCCUACCCUAGAGCACCAAGGGGAACGCAUACAAAGAAUAAUGAUAAAAUCAGUCACCGUUAUAUAAGCGAUGAUGAGAAUAAUGGAAAUGUGGCUUGAAUAGUCUGUUUAGUGAAAGCUGUGAUCUAAGGCGUUUGAUGGAAGCAAUCACUAUUUUAAUCUUCACAGUUUGGGGGAAGGGAAAAAGCCAGUUGCAUCAUUUUUUAACAGGUUCUAUUCCUUUUAUUUUUUUUUUCCUUUUUUUCCUUCUGCCUUGUGGUUCAGCUUAGCUGCAAAAAAAAUAAUGUGAGCAGGAAUUAUCUAAGAAAAGUUCAUUUCUGAAGAGGGAUGGGGAAGAGUUGUUUGUUUGUUUUUUUGUUUGUUUGGUUUUUUUCUGGUAUCUGAUGCGGGGGGAAAAAACCCAAGAAGUGAAGUGGAGGAAAAUGACAAACUUGACUUAACCUAAAUACAUUCUUGACCUGUCAUCCAGUUCAGUGAAUUGCCUAAAUAUGUUCUGCUUAUAUGCGUAAUACUUUUCUACAAUGCAUGAUACUGACCCAUCCUGUUAAGGCCACCGUAUUGUGAUCUGGUGGAUUUUAAUCCUGCUGGAGGAAACUAGAUGUAGAAGUGUAGCACAGAGCACUGGAGACUGGCAAA